CAAAUCCAGCCUGCCUCUCUCCUUCCACACUGAGUCCAAAUCUUCAGUCACUGGGUCCUGAUUGUUACAGUGGAGCCCAGUUUGCACUGCAGGAUCCAGAGAUGGCAUCAGUGAAGCUGGAAGACUGCAGUCAAACACUGGAGCUGAAUGUCAACAUUAAAGAUGAAGAAGAGGAGGAGAAGAUUGGUAAAUCUGUUAAUCAUGGAGACCAUGUUGAGACAUUCUCUACAUCCAGAGAGCAACAGCAGGAAGAUCACAGAGCUAACAGGUCUCACCACUGCCCACAUUGUGAGGAGAUUUUCCCAAUUCUAUCAAAUCUAAAAAUACACCUAAAAAUACACACAGGAGAUAAUCUGUAUCCCUGUACUGACUGUGGGAAGAGAUUCACGACAUCACAGGCUCUAACAGCUCAUCAGAAAGUGCACACUGGAGAGAAGCCAUACUUCUGCUUUGUCUGUGGGGAGAGUUUCUCUCAACAGGGCCAUCUAAAAACCCACCAUCGAAUACACACAAGAGAGAAGCCAUACUCCUGCUUUGACUGUGGGGAGAGUUUCUCUCAACAGGGCCACCUAAAAACCCACCAACGAAUACACACAGGAGAGAAGCCUUACUCCUGCUCUGACUGUGGAAAGAGUUUCUCUCAACUGGGCAGCUUAAAAACACACCAACGUAUACACACAGGAGAGAAGCCUUACUCCUGCUCUUACUGUGGGGAGUGUUUCUCUCAACUGGGCAACUUAAAAACACACAAACGUAUACACACAGGAGAGAAGCCUUUCUCCUGCACUGACUGUGGGAAGAGCUUCACAACAUCACAAGCUCUGACAGUUCAUCAGAGAGUGCACACUGGAGAGAAGCCUUACUACUGCUUUGAAUGUGGAAAGAGUUUCUCCCAAUUGGAUAUGUUAAAAUGUCACCAACGAAUACAUACAGGAGAGAAGCCUUACUCCUGCUCUGACUGUGGUAAGAGUUUCUCUCAACUGGGCAACUUAGAAGCACACCAACGUAUACACACAGGAGAGAAGCCUUACUCCUGCUCUGAGUGUGGGAAGUGCUUCACAACAUCAGCUGAGCUAAAGGUUCAUAAAAGAUCACACACAGGAGAGAAGCCUUACACCUGUUCUGACUGUAGAAAGAGUUUCUCCCGAUUGGAUAUGUUAAAAUGUCAUCAGCGAAUACAUACAGGAGAGAAGCCUUAUUCCUGCUCUGACUGUGGAAAAAGGUUCUCCCAACUGGGCAACUUAGAAGCGCACCAACGUAUACACACAGGAGAGAAGCCUUACUCCUGCUCUGACUGCGGGAAGAGUUUCUCCCGAUUGGAUACCUUAAAACGCCACAAAUGUAUACAUAAAGGGCAGAAGCCUCAUCAGUUCUCUCAGACCAGCUAAGAAUUAAAGUCACUCCAUCACUUAAAGAUGCACUAUGUAGAAAUCACUCCACCAUUUCCUGCAUGUUAAAAUUGCAAUAGUUCUAAUAGCCUCCAGUUUGUGACAAAAUAAGCAGUCAUUGUGUAGUGAAUCAUUGUACCAUCUAAACCGCUGUGAAAUAUAUUUUCCAUUAUCAAAAUAUUGUAUUUUCAGCUGUUGUACAAAAAUGAAGUAAAAAACAAAACUUCAGAACGGAAAGCAUAGAAAUAGUGCACAUAGAACAGAUCUACUGCUUCUUAGACAGAGAGAAGCCUUACUCCUUGUCUGACUGUGGAAAAGGCCUCCACUGGGGAAAAGCUUGUGUGUACUGCACUGCCUGUGGGAAUAUUUUGUCUCUAUUGGACACCUUAGCUAGGCUUGGGUGUUAUCCAGAUUGUCAUACCUUCAUACUGACCUUGUGCCAUACCAUAACAUUAGGUAACUGCACGCAAAAAUAUAUAUUUAUAUAUUUUAGACAGCAUAUAAUAGACACCAUCCAGGAGAAGUUAGCUAACUAACUACUAAAUUAGCAAACCAAAUGCACAACUGCAGAGCAUUUAGCACAUUUUAGACUGUUAACUUAAAGGGAUAUUCCUCAUAUCCAGCACCACCCCAACAUCAACAUGUGAAUAUUGCGUGUUUCUGUAGUAAAAAAAGAUUGAGGAAGAUAAGUGUUUCUAAUGACAUCAUGGGUGGGCAUCGUGUGAUUUUU